AUGUUACAGUGUUAUUUAAGUAAAAAAGUUACUCAGCCCUUAAAAAGUAUUAGUUUAGUGUCCAAGUUAGCAACUUCCUGUAAUGAAAAUAUUAGAGAAGAAAAUAAGCAUGUUAUGCAAGAUAGUGUUAUGAAUUUUGAUGAAAUCCCAGGCCCCAAGACUUAUCCAAUCAUCGGGACACUUUAUAAAUAUCUACCUUAUAUUGGUGAAUACAAUGUAGAGGCUUUAGACAAGAACUCAUGGCUGAACUAUAAACGCUACGGAACCCUGGUCCGCGAGGCGCCAGGAGUGAGAAUGCUCCACGUUUUCGAUCCCGAGGACAUAGAAGUUGUGUUCAGACAAGAGUACCAGUAUCCAGCCCGAAGAAGUCACUUGGCUGUUCUGCAUUAUCGCACGAGAAAACCUAAUGUAUAUAAUACAGGGGGGCUGUUGUGCACCAACGGCCCAGAGUGGUGGAGGCUUAGGAGCAAGUUCCAAAAAAAAUUUACAAGUCCUCAAAGUGUUAAAAGUUUUGUAACCAGUACUGAUGGUAUUGUUACUGAAUUCAUAAAAUGGAUAGAGGCUAAGAAAGUUUCGCACAGUGAAGACUUUUUACCCUAUUUGAACAAAUUGAACUUAGAAGUAAUUGGAAUGGUGGCUUUCAAUGAGCGAUUCAGAAGUUUCUCUCCCGAGGAACAAGAGAGUGGGUCUCGAAGCAAUAAACUCAUUGAAGCUGCAUUUGGAUCGAAUGCAGGAAUCAUGAAAUUAGACCAAGGUUUUCUGUGGAAAUAUGUUAAGACUCCUCUCUACAAAAAAUUGUAUGAUUCGCAGGAGUACUUGGAAAAAGAAUCAUCAAAAAUUUUCCUAAACAAGGCAAAUUUUUUUGAGAAAGAAAGCUGCAGUGAAAAUUCAUUGUUGACAUCAUUCCUACAACAACCCGAUUUGGAUAUGAAAGACAUUGUGGGUAUGAUGGUCGAUAUACUUAUGGCUGCUAUAGAUACAACUGCGUAUUCGACUAGUUUUGCGUUAUACCACAUUAGUCGUAACCAACAGAUUCAAGAAAUAUUAUAUUCUGAAGUUGCUGCUCUUCUCCCUACAAAAGAUUGUCGAAUAACUUCUGAAAUACUAUCGAAAGCUGUUUAUCUAAAAAGUUGUCUUAAAGAGACUUUAAGAUUGAAUCCUGUGUCGAUUGGAGUAGGCCGACAGGCGCAAAAAGAUUUCGUUUUGAGAGGAUACCUGAUUCCAAAAGGAACAGUGAUCGUAACGCAGAACAUGAUAGCAUCUCGUUUGCCACAGUAUGUGCGCGAUCCUCUUCACUUUAAACCAGAAAGGUGGUUAAGAGGUUCGGAAAUGCACGAAAAUAUUCAUCCCUUCUUGAGCUUGCCUUUUGGUUUUGGUACCCGGUCGUGUAUAGCUCGGAGAUUAGCUGAACAAAAUAUGUGCGUUAUUUUGAUGCGGUUAAUUCGCAACUAUGAAAUUAAGUGGAUGGGUGGAGAACUUGGCAUACGAACCUUUCUCAUAAACAAACCAGACAGCCCAAUAUCUUUGUCAUUUGUCCCAAGAAUAUCUGCACUUCCAACCCCGGACAAAUUACAUACAAAUUUACAAGAACCUCUUUUUCCUCCUGAAGAUCUUCCUCCACUUGCAGUUUAUUUUUUGCGAAAGCAGCCAUAUUUAGAGACACACAAUAUUAAAAUAAAAUGUUCAAAGAAUGAACUUGGUAGAUCUCUACCUGAGAUAUGCUCCGACCUGCUUCGAAAUGAUUUUGAAGAUUCGAAUGUCAUAAAAAAAAUUGAUGAAGAAAAGCUUAAAGAGUUUAAGAAGGACUUAGAAGAGUUUAAGGCUGAAGAAGUUGAAGAUCCAGAAAAAACAACGGAUUCUUCUCCUUCCGGUGAAAAGGAAGAAGAAAAAAAUUCCAAAGAAAUUGAAGAUCCAGAAAAAAUAACGGAUUCUUCACCUUCAGGUGAAAAGGAAGAAGAAAAAAAUUCCAAAGAAAUUGGAGAUCCAGAAAAAACAACGGAUGCCUCACCUUCAGGUGAAAAGGAAGAAGAAAAACAUUCCAAAGAAAUUGAAGAUUCACUAACAGAUAAAAAGGAAACUACCACCAAGAAGCUAGACAUCGGGGAGAAAGAAAGUGGAGAAAAUUUUACCGAGACCCAAGACAGUGAAGACAAAGAACCAUUCGAACCUGAGGUUAUUCCACCCGAGGAAAAUAAGAAACCUUCUAUUCUAUCCAUAUUUUCGCCAAUCUUACAUUUCUUCGAUAACAUAAUUUCCUAUUGGAAACCAAAAUCAAAGUUCGAUACGCAACGGUCUUUCUAUAUUAUUGAGAUAGAAUCAGACUAUGCUGUUUAA